AUGACUUCGCUCGAAUACAAACCUGACCCCGGCGCUACCCCAGAUGACCACUGGGCCACGGUUUAUCUGUCCAUGCGAGAUGCGUCGGGAGAGAUACCCAUCAACUACAUAACCCAUCCGGGCGUGCAUGUCACUCAAGCAUGCUUUGCCGAUGGAGUGUAUGACGACCUCCCGACGCAAACCUGUAUUUCAGAUCUGUUCGCCCGGCAUUUUCGCCGACUAAUCAUCGACCUCUACUGGGACAACAUCAACCGCCAAUUCAACCUUUGUCCAGUCGAAUUACCGCCUCUGGUUGGCAACUCAUCGACGGGCUACAGCGUCGAUUCUUCCGCGCUCUACUCAAUCACAGCGUCCACGUCGCUCAGUCCCACAGACCCAGCCACCACAAUUGCGUCAAAUGCGACAACAUCUGUAGGAACGUCCUUCGAGAAGCGCCAAUCUUCGGCCUCGUCCUUGACCGCCUCGACUUCAUCAACAAAUCCUUCGCUUACCACAUCUGUGAAUGCCACUGCCGCGGUCAGUAGCAGUGCUGCCACCUCAACCACGGAUGUGGCAGUUCCAACUUCGACGGGUGUUUCUGGCAGCAGUUUACUGGAGUUGGGUCCUUACGUGUGCAGCCUCGACCUUAAUAUCGGCUCCAUCAUUUCUUUGUACAGUGACUACUUUGAGCACACAUCGGAUACCAUCUCAGCACGAUUACAUUUCUUGGAUAUCAAUCUGCACGCUGCGGCACCGUUUACAGAUCCUUCAGCACCUGCCCAUACGCCCAUGUCCGGCCGACUCCCUGGGGGCGAUGAUCUCGUAGGAGCUAAGUUUCGCAACAACUUUGCUAGAAACCUCUUCACGCCACAGGACCUGGAAGACGAUCGGCAGAAUCUUAAUCAGUCCUGGUUUCGAGACAGUUAUCGAGUCAAUACUGACACAGCAUACUUUAGCACCGUAGCGACGGCCAAGGAUCGUGUGCUUUCCACCCCGGAUGGCUGGCCAGGUGAAGCUUGGGUCUUGCUCACCGACAGUCGGAGACUUCUGGUGAGCUGGGGUGAGGUUGAUGCUCAGAUGGCACAGUAUGAUUUCCUGACCGACUCAAGCAACGUCUUCAACGCAAGUGAUCUGAACACAAGUCCGGCAGUUGCAUGGGACGCCCGCGGCGAUCUAACCUCAGGCUGCUUUUACCACGAAGGGGACAAUUCUGUCACCGCGACUAACGCGACCUGGGCAAUGGCUGUAAUCGAUAACACAGACCCCAGCGCUCUCCCCACUCUUGCCCGGAACAUGACAGCAUGUGGAAUAUCUCCGGUGUUGAACAUGACCCUUGGUGGCUCCGGUGCACAGAAUAACAUGUCUUCUUAUCGUGACUUUGUCCAGUCAACCGUCUUUGGGUGGGCUCCCGGAGAGCCGGCGAACGCCUCCUCGAUGAAGGAGAAUGAGGACUUGCGGUGCGCUGUCCUGGACGCAACCGGCGCGUACAGAGGGCACUGGCGCGUCGAAACCUGCCAGAAAUCACGCAGGGCUGCAUGUCGCAUUGCUGGUCAACCAUACGCGUGGCGGCUGUCUACGUUCAACGUUCCCUUUGGUGCCGCUCCCGACGCAUGUCCAGAACACACCGAGUUUGAUCUCCCAAGGACUGGGCUUGAGAACACAUACCUGUAUCAUAAGGUGCUGAAUGACACCUCCGGCGACUGCGAUGAUGAUUGUGACGAGAUCAUGUCCGGGAUCUGGAUCAAUUUCAACUCCCUCGAUCAGCCUGAUUGUUGGGUGAUAGACGGCCCGAAUGGGACGUGUCCAUACUCGGACUUUCAAGAAGGACAGCAACAGCGACAGAUCCUCAUCCCUACCAUCGCAGCAAUUAUCAUUUUGAUCUUGAGCGUUCUGACUCUGUUAGUCAAAUGUAACCAGAAUCGAAGGAAUGGCCGGGCAAGGAGACGGGGAGAUCAUGGAUGGGAGUACGAGGGUAUUCCUUCUUGA